GCCCUAUGGCGGUGGACGGCCAUGACACCCUCUUUGCCGCGUCAGAACUGGAGGCCUCGAGCUCGCCGUCCGCAGACCACAUCGUGGCCAAGAGCCUGAAUUGCAGCGUGAGGCUCGUCCGCCUUGAGGAGCUGACUGGGCAUCAGGGCGGCCGCAAGAACCGGCCCGGUGUCUUGUGUGGAAAGGUUAUUCGCAACGAUGCCAAUAUGAUCGUCCACAUGAGGACCCACUCCGGGGUGAAGCCCUACAAGUGUGACCAAUGCACGAAGCGGUUCAGUCUUGGCUCCAUCCUGAAGCGCCACAUGAGGACUCACUCCGGCGAGAAGCCCUACAAGUGUGACCAAUGCACGAAGUCUUUCUGUCAGAAAGACUACCUGAAUAGCCACAUGAGAACUCACUCCGGCGAGAAGCCCUACAAGUGUGACCAAUGCAUGAAGUGCUUCAGUCUUGGCUCCAUCCUGAAGCGCCACAUGAGGACUCACUCCGGCGAGAAGCCCUACAAGUGUGACCAAUGUACGAAGUCUUUCUGUCAGAUAGACUACCUGAAGAUCCACAUGAGGACUCACUCCGGGGUGAAGCCCUACAAGUGUGACCAAUGCACGAAGUCUUUCUGUCAGAAAGAGUACCUGAAGUUCCACAUGUCGACUCACACCGGUGAGAAGCCCUACAAGUGUGACCAAUGCACGAAGUGUUUCAUUCAAAGCUCCGCCCUGAAGAUCCACAUGAGGACUCACUCCGGCGAGAAGCCCUACAAGUGUGACCAAUGCAUGAAGUGCUUCAGUGUUGGCUGCAGCCUGAAGUUCCACAUGUUGAGUCACUCCGGCGAGAAGCCCUACAAGUGUGACCAAUGCACGAAGUGUUUCAUUCAAAGCUCCACCCUGAAGCGCCACAUGAGAACUCACUCCGGCGAGAAGCCCUACAGGUGUGAUCAAUGCACGAAGUGUUUCAUUCAAAGCUCCGCCCUGAAGUGCCACAUGAGAACUCACUCCGGCGAGAAGCCCUACAGGUGUGACCAAUGCACGAAGUGUUUCAUUCAAAGCUCCACCCUGAAUCGCCACAUGAGAACUCACUCCGGCGAGAAGCCCUACAGGUGUGACCAAUGCACGUUGCGCUUCGGUCGUGUUUGCAACCUGAAGAUCCAUAUGAGGACUCACUCCGGCGAGAAGCCAUACAAGUGUGACCAAUGCAUGAAGGGCUUCAGUCAGACAAGCAACCUGAAGAUCCACAUGAGAACUCACACCGGCGAGAAGCCCUACAAGUGUGACCAAUGCAAGAAGUGCUUUAGUCAGAAAGACACCCUGAAGAUCCACCUGAGGACUCACUCCCGGGGGAGGCCCUGCAUGUGUCUGCAGUGCGAUGCCAGCUACAGCGACCCAAGCAAUUUGCGUGUGCACAUGCUCAAGCACACUUUGGCACGGGGUAGCGGGACGCUUUGAUUGAGACCUCUGUCCUGUAUUGGUUGAAAUUACUGCUUUUAGUUUUUCUUUUCAUUACGAUUAAAUGCUUUCCAAUUUUGAUUUGCUUUCUGUUUUUAUUAAUAAUUGAUGUCUGUGUUGAAUAACUUAUUUCUAGGACAAAGUUGAUUGAAGAUGAUCCAUUUUAAAAGGUCCCUGGUUAAAUGUCUAGAUCUCAGUGAUGCUCAGUUUAAGCCGGUCCUCCCUCUAGAAUGCAGCAUUAUUCUAACGGGACAAAGUCAGAAGAUUCCUAGCAUUGGUCCCCCUUCACUCUCUGUUUGCAGCGGCGGCUGGUGAUCCAAUUCGUGGGUGGGGUGCAGUAAUGGACGGGGGUCCUCCCCAAGAAAAUAUAGAAUUGGUUUCUGGGAUGCCCACUAGCUAAAAAUUUAUUCUGAUU